AUGAUAUCUGCCGGAGAUUCUAUUAUAUUUUCAGGGCCGCUGUCCCUUCUAGGUCUCGUUUUAUCACUGGCGACUUGGCUAUUCAUCCGCUGGCCGUUCCAUUCGAAGACACAGCAUGUUGAAAUAGAGGAGUGCAAGGAUGAGAAACCAUUCAUUACUCCUCUGCCUGCCCCAGCGACCGAUGACCCUUCGAGGACGUCUCCCAAAUUGUACCGUCCAUUCAGACACGGCCCAAAUUUUAUCACAAUGGGCAUUCGCAAACUCAACUGGGACAAUUGGAUCGAAAUGGACUCUUACUUUCUUCGAUAUCAUGACAUGAAAGCGUCGGAGUUAAAAAAAGACUUCAACGCUCAUGUCAAAUAUGUCGACAAUGCAGUGACGAAGGAUGCGUGCUUUGAGCUUUAUGAAGAGCUAGUUCGAUAUUUAACGCAUCGGUAUCCCAAGAUCUAUCGCUUGCGGGGAGGCAAAAUGCAUAAUAGCCUGACGGAAGAAAUAUUUCCUUUCCCCGCGACCACUCCGGACGAGGCACUGGCAACUUCAGCUCUCUUAGUACAAGACGACUUGGUGAUAAUGGUCGAGAAUGAUGAUGGACAAUACCAUCUUGACGCUGCAGCCGUUUGCCUUCCUGGCUUCUGGCGUCUCCGAGAAAAGUUUCGCAUGUCACUCGACACGCUCCAUUUCGAGGCUGGUGUUCCUCACUAUGCUGCUAAGUUGCAAAAGUCAAUGAACCGGUUCUUUCAGAACCUCACUCCCGACAAGCCAGUGGAAAGAAAUAAUUUUUUCAUUCAGCUGGACGAUGGACUCCACUGGUCACAUCGCAUGGGUGACCAAGCAGGCACAGAAGUUGCAUCAUGGGCUACCGCAAAUAGCAAGGGGCUGUCCAUUGAUGAAAUCCACUUCCGCUCCGAAAGACAGACUCUCCGCCGACUACCGCGCUCCAAGGCAGUCAUAUUUACUGUUCGUACAUACUUUGAGCCAGUAACACGAAUUGCACAGGAACCACAUAUCCCCGGUCGUUUGGCUGAAGCUAUUCUUAGCUGGGAUGAGACGGUGUCUUUCUACAAGGGCAAGUCUCAUUGGGACAAGAUACUGCUCCCAUAUCUGGAUGAGCAGGACCGGCUGCAGAAAGAAAGAGGCAUUGUAAAGCAAGAAGAGAGAUCGUUCCCAUAUUAA